AUGGCAUGGGCACGGAGAAAGAUGGUUGGUAUUGGGGAUAUUCGGAUUGUUCCUUAUAGCAACCCAACUUACUCACUCGUUGGCCUCAUUCAUUCAUCAAAGAUAUGUCCUUUUUUGUACAUGCCAAAAAGACACUGGAAGUACAGGUCUAUCAGUUCUUACGUUGACCCCACUUCUUUACUGGAGGGUCCAUCGUUGACCAAGUCAAAUGUGUGA